UUUAAACCAGGAGGAGAGGAAAACACAAGUACAAGGAGAGAGAGUAAGAGAGAGAGCGCGGGGCAGACUUCGAACACACGACGAGGAGACCCUGGGAGCGGCAAGUCUGGAACUUCUCUUGGCUUCCUUCCUUCAUUCCUUGCCUCCCCUCCCCCUUCCCUUCAUCGCCUUUGGUUUCUCAUGACUGGAUCAUACAGACCUUGCGAUGCUUUCAAACCCUAGCCAAACCCCACCACCAUCGCCAUCUCUCCCUCUCAACAAAUCUGCCAUUGACGUCGCCCGCGCCUUGCUGCUGCUUCUUCCGCCCUUGUACCAGCGCAUUUCUAACGCCCGCUAUCCCAGCUUUCUGUCGCCACCAAAUUUCGCCACGCUCGCCAGCUCCACCAUUACCACCGAGUGCAUCCAUUCGCCUCUUCCAGAGAAUUGAGUCGUGGGGGAUGGAAGGCGAUGCGGAAUGGUUCUUCUGCACACCUUAGAUUGGAGGACAAUCGGGGCGUGGCAAGCGUGAUGAAUGAGGGGAUUCCAGCACGUAAUGUGUGUCCGAGGUGGCGGAGUUAGAAGGUGCGUCCCGGGUAGGGCUGGGAGCAUGUGACAUGGUUUGGAGGAUCGAGCUGAAGGAGAUGAGCUAGGGAAGUCGGUGGCACCGCUGUGGUGCCGUGUCGGAACGAUGGCAUCCAUGCAGAGGCUGGAUACUGUGAAUUUGAGCAGUCCCGACGGGGGCCCGCACGGUGUGGGCGGAGGUGCACACCGGGGUUUCGGUGCGAGCUUGGACAAGUCUCAUAGUUUUCGGGAUGGUCACGAAGGUCGGGCAUCGGGCGGAGGCGGGCCAUCGAGUUCGCACGGCGAGGCUCCGGCUCUGGCGAGCGUCCUGUUUCUGGAGAGCAUAAGCUUGCCGAGUGUGAAGUCGAAUGCGCAAACGGAGCUGCGACGGGCGAUGAACGCUGCGAGCAGUCAACAGGGCGAUGACCCGAGUCUGGGAGGGUUGCAGUCGAAGGCUCUGGAGAGCUGCAGCGGGGAAGAGAUCAAGCGGAUGAGGGUCGGGCUGACGGAGGGGGCGUCGCGGGCGAGAGAGCGAAUGCGGCACCUGUCGGAGGCGGUGAUCAAGCUGGAUAGGUUCCUGUAUGCAAUGCAGUCUCGGAAGAGAAGCAGACCGGAGUCUGGUGGACAUGACAAGGGGGGACAUGCGGGUGGAGGUCAGAGAGGUGCUUCGUCUGGGCAUGUGGCGAAAGGAGGUGGUCGAAGCGCUUCUAGCAGCGGUGAGAUAUCGAGAAUGGUGAAGGGAGGAGGGGAGAAGAGUAAGAGCGGGAUGAUCAACAAGCGAAUGCGGACUUCGUUGGCAGACGCACGGCCUGAGGGGCGACCGAGCAAUCUGAGCGUGCAGCGGUCUUCCGGGGUGCAAGAAAGAGAGCGGGGGAGCCCGAGGCCGAGCAGCUUUUUGAGCUCUCCGGUGGAAGAGAAGGAGAGAGUGGGUGGAGGAGGUGGCGGGAGCUACGAGAAGACGAAGAUGAAAGGACGACGGUCGGCCACCAUAAAGGCGGAGGCAGCGGUGGUGAGCGUGGCGAACGGUGGCACGGACGUGGAGCGGGAGCAGAAGGGGAGCGUUCAACAUCACAGAGGCGGUGUGGACGGACGGGCGCGUCCGAGCGAGGGCCAUGGCUACAGGUCGGCACCGUCGGGACCCGUGCACGGCACAUUGUCUGUGCAGAAAGCGGAAGCGAUCGUGCAUGCGAACGGGGGAGGGAUGCGAGGUGGUGGGAAGGGGGAGGCGGAUGGAUCAGUGCAUGGCGCGGGGAGAGUGGAGCGGUCGAUUGUGGCGGAGCGGGAGCGUGCGAACGUGAAGGGCGGAGCCACGGCGGUGGGUCGGGAGGAAGCGCGCGUUGCAGGUCCGGGCAUGAUGCCGAAGGCGAAACGGUCGAAUCUGGUAUCGGGGAGCAACCAGUCCGGGCACGCGAGCCGGGCGUCAUCGUUUGCAGAUGUUCGGGAGAAGCCGGCGGCGUUGGCGAAUCCAGCGAAGGAGCAGGCGGCGUCGGGCCCCGUGAACCGGAAGAGGCCAGCGCCGUCGCGGUCGUCGUCGCCGCCGGUGGCGUCGUGGGGGAGCUCUCGACCUCAGACGAUGGCACGGGCAAGGCGAGUGAACCUGAAUCCGCCCGUGAGCAUCUCCGUUCCAGAGAAGGAGGAGGAGAACGGGGGCGUGGAUGCGGGCGGAGGGGCGAGGGAUGGGGGCGUCUCGAGUGGGACUCCAGGCGCGAGGUCGACCUCCUCGGGCGCAGGCGGGGUAUUGAGCUUGACGAAGCGAGCAGUGGGUGGGCAGUUGGUCGGUCCGAGCAAGGCACAGGCCGAGCGGGGGCCGGUUUCGUUGGGUUCGGAGGAGUCGGUGGAGGAGGUGGCGAAGAGCAGGGAGAGGAGUCGGAAGGGAGAAGAGGAGGAUGGGGAGCGGAAAGGGAGCGGGGGGAGGGAAAAGUCGGGGAGCGUGGUGGCGACGAUGAAGAAGGAGGCGGCGUUAGCAGCGGAGGAGAGCGGAGGCGGGGACGGGGUGAGACGGCAAGGUCGAACAGGGAGGGGGAGCGUGGCGCCGCGGGUGGCGGCGGCGAGCACUCCGGUGGAGAAGGUGGAGGUGUCGGCAGGGAAUGCAAAGCCGAUGAGGAGUGGAAGGGCUGCGGUGGAGACGAAGCUGGGCGGGGGCGGGCGUCCAGGCACGAAGAAGGGCAGUGGUGAUCGGAAAGCUUCCAGCAGGCCUCGGCGGGUACUUGGGAACAGCGGAGGCGAGAUGACAGAGGAGGAGGAUGACCACGAGCAGCUGUCGAGAGCGGUUCAGCAAGCUGUGGAGCUGAGUGCAUCAGCGUGCCCGAACAGUUUUUGGAGAGAAGUAGAGCCGUACUUCGCUUAUGUUACUUCGGACGACCUAUCUUUUCUGCAGAGACGGGUGAGUGGUGAAGCGAUUGUGUGGGUAUGUAUGUGCUGGUCACUGGUGGUGGUGGUGAUGUGAAGGCGGCAUGUUGAGGUUGUGGGCGUGAGGCAGGAGUGCGGUGAGAAGUGCAUGUUUGGUUGGAGGUGG